GGGGCGGUGCCCUGUGUGGGCUCAGCGCGGGCGGUGGCGUGAGGGGCUCAGGCGGAGACAUGUCCUCGGGGGUGGCCGCGCGUCGCGACGCCAAGAAGCUCGUGCGCUCGCCAAGUGGCCUGCGCAUGGUGCCGGAGCACCGCGCCUUCGGAAGCCCGUUCGGCUUGGAGGAGCCGCAGUGGGUUCCAGACAAGGAGUGUCCAAGAUGUAUGCAGUGUGAUGCCAAGUUUGAUUUUAUCACCAGAAAGCAUCAUUGCCGCCGCUGUGGGAAAUGCUUCUGCGACAGGUGUUGCAGCCAGAAGGUGCCACUUCGGCGCAUGUGCUUCGUCGACCCAGUGCGCCAGUGUGCUGACUGUGCCCUGGUGUCCCACCGUGAGGCUGAGUUUUAUGACAAGCAGCUGAAGGUGCUCCUAAGUGGAGCUACCUUCCUUGUUAGUUUUGGGGACUCGAAGAAGCCUGAGACCAUGGUCUGUCGUCUUUCCAACAACCAGAGAUGCUUGGUUCUGGAUGGAGACAGCCAUCAUGAAAUCGAGAUUGCACAUGUCUGUACUGUCCAGAUUCUCACAGAAGGCUUCACUCCUGGAGUAGAAAAAGACAUUCCCACUUACACCAGCCUCCUGGGGAGCCUGCUUGCCUCUGAAGCAGGCAGCACCCGAGCCACCGGCAUGCUCCUGCAGUACACAGUGCCAGGGGCAGAGGCUGCAACACAGCUGAGACUUAUGGCUGGAGAGGAUGCAAGCGGCAGCAAGAGGCAGGCAGCAGCGUGGCUGGCAGCCAUGCACAAGGCUACCAAGCUCCUCUAUGAAUCACGAGACCAGUAACUGAAGGGAACAGAGCUCGGAGCAUGUCGGGUUACAAAGUCCAAGCUGCUUGCCCCGCCUGUGCACUCGGGUCUUCCCUGUGUGCUUGGAAACACAAUUUAAGUGUCUGGAAGCAGAGUACUCACUUACCUAGUGCAAUAUGUACACCGCUGAUUAAUGCUUUAAAGAGUUUGUUGUCGUGCAUUGUUGGUACUUCAGUAGGGUUGGGAGAAGCUGCACUACAGUACGUUAAACCAGGUUUCCGUAAACUUCCAGGUUCGUUAGAGACUUUUGGCUCUGCUCCCACAGAAACAUUCGGUGGUGACCACUCAGGCCCCUGGUUUAGCACUGGGCCCUUCCGUUCUCAAUAGCCCAUUCACAAUGCCUUAGCCUGUUUCUAGACUCUGUUCACUCUGUCACUAACCGGGGCGAUGAACAGUCCUUUUGUUAUGUCUCUAAGGGGAAGGCAUCAGCUUUCUGUUUUCUACUUUCACUCACUAUUUCACUUUAUUAAGAUGACUGUACAGUAAUUUGUAUAUAGAGUGUAUGAUUAAAACUUACUUUGAAAGUAUA